AUGUCCUUGAGGCGUACCAACUCUCACCGUCUGUCACGCCAGGGCUUCUCGCCAAUCCCAAACGACAACAUGCACAGCGGUGAUGCAACCAUCGACAUUCCCUUGCAGGAAGUCCACUCGACUGCUCAGAGGAAUGAUAGCAACACUCCUCUAGCCGGCAACGGCCUUGGCCUCACAAAGACCACUUCACGCCAACCACCUCGCAACAUCGCUGGACGACGAGCCAGGAGGAACAACAUGGGCGAGUCUUCGGUCGGCUACGACGGAGAAGAAGAUACUCUCAAUCGCAUGGGCAGGAUCUACAACAAGAUCCUCAACUUCAGCAUCAUCACUCGCUACUUUGUCUACGUCUCACCAUUGGCCCUCUGUAUCGCUGUCCCCAUCAUCGUCGGAGCUACAGCCGCUCCCGAUGCAAAGAUUGGCGGCGUGCCGAUCGUCUGGUUCUUUACUUGGGUAGAANUGUGGUUGAGUUUGUGGGGAUCCAAAAUCGUUUCUCACUUCCUUCCCUUCAUCUUCCAAUUCGUCGCUGGUGUCGUCAGCUCGGGCACUCGCAAGUAUGCUCUCAUCAUCAAGGCCCUCGAGAUUCCUCUCUCUCUGGCAGGCUGGGCCAUCACCUCUCUGGCCACUUUCAUUCCUAUCAUGAACCAAAUCUUGGCCGCCGCCUUGGUCGGCACCCUCGUGCUGCUGAUUGAAAAGUUCUUCAUCCAGCUCAUCAGCAUCAACUACCACCGUAAACAAUUCAACGCCCGCAUCAAGGAUUCCAAGCGCAAUGUCUUCCUGUUGGGUCUGCUCUACGACGCUUCCAGAACUCUCUUCCCUGCCUACGAGGUCUUUGCCGAAGAAGACUACAUGAUUGCCGAUCAGCUCAACCUCGCCAUGUUGGGCGGAAAGAAGAUUGGAAAUCACAAGCGCUCCGGUUCCGUCACCCCGUUCCGAUUGUUGCAGAACGUCGGAAGAUUCGGUGACCAGGUCACUUCGGCUUUCGGAAACGUCGCUCAGGAAAUCACCGGAAAACAGGUCUUCAAUCCUAACAGUGCUCAUUCCAUCGUUACCGGUGCUCUCGAGAAGAGACGAACCGCUGAAGCCUUAGCCAGACGCUUGUGGAUGUCCUUCGUCAUCGAGGGCAAGGAAGCCCUGUACGAGGAAGACAUUGUCGAGGUUCUUGGUGAAAGCCGUAAGGAAGAGGCCGAGGAAGCCUUCAUCAUGCUCGAUAAGGAUUGCAACGGUGACAUCUCCCUUGACGAGGCUGUUCAGCAGGUCAUCCAGAUCAGCCGUGACCGCAAGGCUCUUGGAACUAGCAUGCACGAUGUCGACCAAGCUAUCAACGUCCUGGACAGACUGCUCAUGGUUAUCGUCUCCAUCAUCGUCAUCUUCACAUUCAUUGCCUUCCUCAACAAAAGCUUCACCACCACCUUGGCUACCGCUGGCACAACUCUCCUCUCAUUGUCAUUCGUCUUUUCCGUCACUGCCCAGGAAGUCUUGGGAUCCUGCAUUUUCUUGUUCGUCAAGCACCCUUACGAUAUCGGAGAUCGCGUCGAUAUUGGUGCUGACCAUUUCGCUGUUGACCACAUUUCCUUGUUGUUCACUGUUUUCCGUCGCAUUACCGGUCUGGAAGUUGGCAAAAGCGUCCAGAUCCCGAACAACGUACUCAACGGUCUCUGGAUCGAGAACGUCAGCCGCAGCAAGCUUAUGAAGGAGCAGCUUACCCUCGAUGUUAGUUUUGACACAACCUUCGAGGACGUUCAACUUCUCAAGAUGGAGCUUCUCACUUUUGUAACCGACAAGGACAACAGCCGCGACUUCCUUCCUGACAUUGACGUUGAGGUUCUAGGAACUUCUGACAUGUCCAAGUUGCAACUGAGAGUCGAAGUUAGACACAAGGGCAACUUUGCCAAUGAGACCCAACGUGCAUCUAGACGCUCGAAGUUCAUGUGCGCUCUCGUCCAAGCUCUUCGCAGAGUGCCUAUCUACGGUCCUGGUGGUGGCGGUGAUGCACUCGGUGGCCCUGCCAACCCAACAUACUCGGUUUCCGUCUCGGAUGGAUAUGCCACUGAGGCUCGCGAGGCUUCUGCUGAUGCUAAGGACAAGGCUCGACUUGAAGCCAUGAGCCCUUCUCAGACACGUUCAAAACACACAGGCACUGGUCCCCUUGGUCUUUCGGCAAAAGAAACAGCAAUCGUGGAUAACCUACACUCUGAAGCACCUGGUCUAGACACCACACGCGAUGAACCUUGGAUGGAAAACGGCAGCAGCACACUAGACGAACGCUCAAACUCCGACCGUGCCCAGGACAUUGAAGAUGUCAGAGGCAUGCUGCGCAGAGAAACCACCAAAGGCAAACGCCGCCCUUCAAACCACCCUGCAGCAUCUCAGCCCAGCGUGCCGGCAAUCCACGAGCCCAUGCCUCCCAUGGCAUACACAGGCUACGCCCAAACAGCAGAAGCAAGUCUCGAAGUCGACGAGUACGAGCAAUAUCGCACACAAGCACAAGGCAACCAAGGCUUGAACCUCAGCAUCCCCAAUUCUGGACCUGCACUACCUACCAGCCCAUCAGCGUAUGUGCAAGGAACAAACUACGUGGACGCAAGCAGAACGACAUCUGGCCGCCAACAACCAGGUCAGAAUGUUGAGAUGAGUCAGAUGGGUAGAGCUCCCAGCAACCCUUACCGCCAGCCCUCCACAAGAAAGGCCUCGAAUCCUUAUGACAGUGAUUAA